UACAAAUUUCCGCCAUGACCUCUCUCAUCGAGAACAAAGCUAUGAGGUUGCGGGACGAGGCGCAGAAAAGAAUGAAUUCUACCGGGUUCCUGCAAACACUUUUCGGCGGUGGACGCAAGAUCGGAGAGGCCAUCGACUAUUACACGAGAGCGGGAAACCUCUUCAAAUUGUCGAAGAACUGGCUCCAAGCAGCCACCGUCUUCGCCGACGCCGCCCAGCUUAAUUGCGAAACGCGUGACCAUCUGGAAGCGGCUAUCGACUACUCCGAGGCUGGCGAGUGUUUCAGGAAAUGUCAGCAGAUCGCAAAAGCUGUCGAACAUUACCUCAAAGCUAUCGCAUUGUAUUUGGAAAUGGGGAGAUUUCUGGCCGCGGCCAAACUUCACCGCACCGUUGCGCAAGCGCUGGAAGAUGACGGCGACAUAAACGGAGCUAGAACCAAUUACGAAAGGGCUGCGGAGUUCUAUCGGGAAGGACGUCACUACGCGUUGGCGAACGACACGUUGCAAAAGGUGGCGGAAUGCGAGGCCAUGGCGGGCCGCUACCGCAAAGCCAUUAAAAUAUUCCAGGAGGCGGCGUGUUUCGACUUGUCAGACGCAGCAUUACCCCAACGCAAUGCCGCCGAGCACCUGUUCAAAGCGGCGAUAUGUCAUCUGUGCAACGACGCGAGCGCCACUGCGACCGCAGCAGACAAUUACUGCGAGAUGUGCCCGCAGUUCAGGGAUUCCAGUGAACACGAACUGAUCAUGCGCCUGGCGGAAUGCGUCGAAGACCGCGACCUUGAAGGCUACGCCAACGUAAUCAGAACGUUCGACACCUCAUCCAAGCUGGACGUGUGGCACGUCACGAUGUUGCUGCGCGCCAAAAAUUCGAUCGACGCCGAAAACGACUUGGGUUGAUAAAUAAAUAACCGUUGCCUUAUUCAAAAAUUUUAUUUUACUCUCAACUAAUAUUAAACAAAGGUUCAUCUUCGUCGUAUCGCUCU